ACAAACUGUGUUGUGGAGCAAUGGAGGUUUAUCAGAGCGUCCUGCUACUCUUCUGCUGCCAGUUCCUUCACACACUGGCUUUAGACUGUACUGUGAUGGAUGGUAACCUGAAGCAGAUAGACGCUGGGUCUGGCUCAGUGGUUGGCGUGAACAAUAAUAAUGAGAUAUUCGUCCUGAUUGAUAACGUCUUCACAAAGAUCAGUGGAUCUCUAAAGCACUUCAGUGUUGGUCCUGCUGGUCAGCUGGGGGUUAAUACUGCAAACAACAUCUUUAGGUUUCAGAGUGGCGGUUUUGUUAAGCUUCCAGGGCUUCUCAAGCAGGUGGAUGCUGGAGGUGAUCAGAUCAUUGCAGGUGUCAAUAUGUAUGAUGACAUUUUCUGUUUAAAUAUGGAUGCUAACAACAAAUGGCCAUCCAGCACCACUCCUUGGAUUAAUAUUGGUGGAAAGCUGAAGUACUACAGCUGUGGUCCAUACAGCUGUUGGGGAGUGAACAGCAAUGACCAAAUCUUCAUCCUGAAGGAUGUGUCGUCUAGUGUCUGUUCAGGGUCCGGCAGCUUUGUGAAUAUUCCUGGACUUCUGUCCAUGAUUGAAGUAGCAACUGAUGGCAGUGUCUAUGGUGUGAACUCUCAAGGGAGCUUAUUCCAACGAAUUGGCGUCACUCGCUCCAACCCUUCUGGCACAGACUGGAUCUCAGUGCUUGCCUGUCCCUAUGGCCACAAGCAUGUGAGCUUUGACCUGGGAGUGCUGUGGGUGGUGUGUGUUGACGGCUCCAUCCGUAAAUGUACUUUAUAAUCUGUCACUGCAGCAACAGAGGAGCGCAAUCAUUUAAAGAAAGCUCAAAGUAAUCAGUCAAAGUGAUUGUAAUCAAAGUAAUCAGUCAUUAUAAACA